AUGACUUCGGGCGGCGACGGCCCUCCGCUAUCCAUGCGGCCCUUCCCCGUCGCCGACAAGAGCCCCAAGAAUCUCUCCGAGCUCAUCGCGCGCGUCAACGCCCUGCCGGGGGGCUUCCGGGCGGUCACGGAGACGAACCUAGAGGAAGAGAUUGGCGAGGCGGCUAAUGGCGAGGACGGCACGCAAGACGUUGACAUGUCGGACGACGCCGACGACGAUGAAGACGAAGAGGACGCUGAGGCCAAAGACCCCCAGGCCCUCCGGGCAGAAGUUCUCAGGAACAUUGACGUCGCGAGCAACACGGCAAUGCUCACGCUCGACUCGCUCUCGCUGCUCCUAUCCAAGCAGAACCCGACACAGGCCGGCCUCACGCUGAGCCAGCAGCUCCGCGACAUGGUCGGCAUCGGCACCAUGGGCGCGGACCGCCUCACCGACGACGACGCUCCCACAGCCCCGGCCGCAAAGACGACCGACCGCGCCGCCGUCGCCCUCGGCUGGACCCUCAUGGAGAUUGACGCCGCGCGCGACGCCGCCGAGGACGCCACCGCCUUCCUUGCCGCCGAGAUGGCCGCCGAGGGUCGGUACUGGGAGGGCGUCAUGGCCGUGCGCCAGGCCGGCUGGUCCGUCUGUCGCGUCCCGCGUGAGCCGCCCGGCACCCUCGGCGUGCGCUUCGGCUUCUCUGAAGCGGCGCCCGAGUUCCAGCGCCUCGGACUCGCGCCCCUGCGUCGCGGGGACGAGGACGGCGCGGCCCGCCUCGACAUCAGUCGCCUCGGCGGCACGCAGGAGCGCCUGGUCGUCACGUACGAGCGGGGCGGCAAGGUCGUCGGCCGCGCCGCCCCGCGCGAGCUCACCGACGCGUACGGCGACGAUGAGGACGAGGAGCAGGACCUCGAGACGCGUGUGCUCGGCGCGCGAAACACAAUCUUCGCGCAGGAACUCUGGCACGAGCUCACCCGCGAGGCCCGCUCUCUCGCCGCCUACGACGUGCGCGCCGAGGGCGAGAAGCGUCUCGUGUGCGCGGUGGCGGGCGACGACGACGGCGACGACGCCCGAAUCGUCGUCGAGCUGCUCCCCGUCUCUGCAUGCCAGUCGCCGGAGGCCCCCGACGAACCCCUCCCGGAAGACGUCACGGCGCAGGCCAUCUCCCUCGCGCUGCACAUCCUCCUCACCUACGCCCACCGCUGCGGCGAGAUGCUGCGCACGCGACCCUUCCCGCCGCACGUCCCCCGCGCGCGCGGCCAGCAGCAGAUGGUGCACACGCUGCUGCGCCCCGUCGUCGCGCGGCUCACCUACGCGCGCGCCGCCACCUCCUGCACGCGGCUCGUCGGCUCCCUCGUUCGGACGCUGCGCUCCGCCGGCCUGUCCUCCGCCUCCUUCACCCUGCGCACGCCGCAGCCCACCCUCGCCGCCGAACUGCCCCCCGGAACGCCCGCCGCCGUCGCGCUCGUCCGCGCCAUGCUGCAGCCGACCGACUUCGCCCUCGAGGUCGCGCUGCUCCCCGGCGUCGACUUCGCCGUCCGCGGACGGACGUACCUCGUGCCCGUCACCGCCACGUACUACCACGUGCUGGCGCCCGCCGACGCCACGAUUCACGCGCUCUGCGCGCCCUACGCGGACGGCUACCCGGAUGUUGCGGCGCUGGCGGACUACCUGGGCACGCUGGCGGGGCGCGCGCUCGCGGCGCACCACAUGGCGAGGCUCGGCGGCGGCACCGCGGGGCUGGACGGGCCGCCGCGGCAGCUCGACUUCGCCGUCGCGUGCGGCAAGGGCGGAGCGCGGCAGCCGCUGCAGCUGACGGUGAGGAGCGCGCGACCGUCGUCGUCGGGCGGUGCGCGGUCGUGGACGUGGACGCCGGACGCGGAGACGUCCGCGAAGGAGACGCUGGAAGCCGUGGUGGACAACGUCUUGAAGAGAUGA